UGUGGUGAGAGCUUUCUUUAUCCUUUGUACCCAUCUGUGUCAUAACCAUGUCUACACUGACCGGUCAUAUAUGUAUAUCUAACAUCAGUGCUCUGAGGUCUUUUCUUUUCGUUGUAAAGAUAAGCUCUAUAACAGGGUCCUUUCUUUUAACCUGUAUCUGACCAAGUGGUAAUGUGGUAAAUGUUUGUCUAGCAGGGAUUGAGUAUUAGAGUACAAAAGGGCAAAGGAGAGGAAUCUCUGGAUCUGAGUUUAGACACAUCAUAAAAACACCAACUUGAACACUGCAGACAUUCAUUCACUUGCUGCUGACCAGUGUCAAUAUGACUGCUGCUGGAACAAACCCUGACACUGCUUUCUCUUUGGACUCCUAUCAUGUGUCUGAAGAGCUUGGCUUCAUCCUUCCUCAACCUUUGAAAGAGCUUCCACCUUACUAUCAACCAUGGAUGGACAUCGCUUUGCGAGUCCCAGAGCUCCUGGAGGCUCACCAGCUGCGGGAUCACAUAAACAAAAUGCCACUGCUAUGUAGCAGCUUUCUGCAGAAACACCGAGAGUUGAGGUUAGCACACCUGGCCCUGGGGGUGAUGACCAUGGGCUACGUUUGGCAGGAAGGAGAGAAAGACACAGUUGAGAUACUCCCACGGAACCUGGCUGUUCCGUACUGGGAGGUAUCGCAAUUAUUGGGACUUCCACCUAUUCUCACACACGCUGAUGCAGCAUUGGCCAACUGGAAGAAAAAAGAUCCUGAAGGGCCUUUUGAUAUGAACAACCUGGAGCUUCUCCUCACCCUCCCAGGUGACGACAGCAUUCAGGGUUUCUUCUUGGUGACCCUGCUGGUGGAGCUCGCAGCAGUUCCUGCUCUAAGGAACAUUCCUACAGUAAUUAAGAGUGUAAGGAGCGGGGACUGUGAGGCUCUGGCCAGAGCCCUGGAGGUCAUCAGCCAGUCGCUGCAGGACAUGACAGAUGCACUAAAGCUAAUUCAUGAUUACGUGAAUCCUUCUGUCUUCUAUGGCACCAUCAGGAUCUACCUGUCUGGUUGGAAAGACAACCCUAUCAUGCCCAACGGUUUGAUUUAUGAAGGUGUCCAGACAGCAGCCAUGGAGUUUUCUGGGGGAAGCGCUGCACAGAGCAGUUUGCUUCACUGCUUUGAUGAACUUCUGGGAGUUCGUCAUGUCAAAAGCAGUGGUAGAUUUCUAACCCGUAUGAGAAACUAUAUGCCUCCUGUUCACAAGGAGCUUAUCCAGGAUAUUUCCAUGCAGCCAUCGCUCAGGGAUUUUGUCCAGCAACAGGCCUGCGAGAAGCUAAGUCUUGCUUUUCACCACUGUGUCACAAAACUAUUACAUUUUCGCAGCUACCACAUCAAUGUUGUCAGCCGCUUCAUCACCGUGCCUUCUGCCCGUGCCCGACAACUCCGUGAGCAGAGGCCGGAUGGCAAGUCGAAUAUUAGCAAAGCGCCCAUUGGACUGGAGGAGAGGGGCACCGGAGGAUCAAGUGUCAUUAGCUUUCUUAAAACUGUUAGAGAUCAAACAAAAAGCGUCUUCCUUCUGCCUACGCCGAGCAGAGACAAGUCCAAAACCAACCUCCAGCAUUAAGGACACACACAUCACAGAGUUUUGUUUGUGGAAUUGCAGUUGGUAACAAGCAGAAAUAAAGUGGUCCUGCAUAUGA